AAUACAGAGAUGAAGAUCAUAUUCCUCCUCUUCCUCCUCCUCCUCGCCUCGGGAGCCUGUGAUGACGUCAAGUACAUCUCCAAGAGGAACUCAGUGGAUGGAUGUAUAGACUGGUCCGUGGAUCUGAAGCCGUACCAUGUUCUGGCAGGCGAGCCUGUUCGGGUCAAAUGUGCCUUGUUCUACAGUUACAUCAGAACCAACUACACCAUGGCCACCAACGCCAAGCUGCGCCUCAUCUGGUACAAGAACAAAGGAGAUGCAGAGGAGCCCAUCAUUUUCUCAGGCCACAGGCUGAGUAAAGAAGACGACUCCAUCUGGUUCAGAUCUGCAGAAAUGGAAGAUAAUGGAUUCUACACCUGUGUACUAAGGAACUCAACAUACUGCAUGAAAGUGUCCAUGUCGAUGACAGUGGAGGAGAGCGAUGAGGGGAGGUGCUUCAGCAGCAAAAUCCGCCACCUGGAGAAAGCUGAGAUAACUCACAGCAAAAUGGUCACCUGCCCUGAUAUAGAGGACUACAUGGCUCCGUACAAGCAGCCACAUAUGACCUGGUACAAGGAGUGUGAGCGGGUUGAAUGGAGGAGUUCCAUCAUGCUGAACACCACCCACCUGUGGAUACCCGAGGUGGAGGAGGGCGACGGGGGAAAUUACACCUGUGAGUUACAGUAUGGAUCGAGAGUGGUGCGGCGGACAACACAGCUCAAAGUGACAGCUCUCCAAACCAUGCAGCCUCCCAAGGUCCUUUUCCCCCCAGAGAGGCAGGACACAGCGAUAGAGAUCACGCCUGGUAUGCCUCUCAGCUUGGACUGCAAGGCCUUCUUCGGCUACAGUGGAGAGAACAGGAGGCCCAUCAUCUACUGGAUGAAAGGGGAGAAGUUUGUGGAAGAGCUGGCGGGACACAUUAAAGAAAGUGAAGUCAGGAUCUUGAGGGAGCAUUUAGGGGAGAAGGAGGUGCAGCUAUCCCUAACAUUUGAUGCUGUGGAUGAGACAGACCUGGCCAACUACACCUGUUAUGUGGAGAACCAUAUAGGGAAGCGCAGUGGGAGUGCUAUACUGCAGAAGAAAGAUAUGUAUCGCCUGGAGUUGGCUGGUGGUCUCGGGGUCAUAUUGCUGCUGCUCGGGGUCCUGACUGCGCUUUAUAAGUGUUACAACCUGGAGAUCAUGCUCUGCUACAGGAGACACUUUGGCAGUGAUGAAACUGAGGAUGAUAAUAAAGAGUAUGAUGGCUACCUGUCCUACACUAAAGUGGACCUGGACUGUCUGGGCAGGACGUGCAGCGAUGAGGAAACGUUCGCUUUGGAGAUCCUGCCAGAUGUUUUGGAGAAACAUUACGGCUACAAGCUGUUUAUACCAGACAGAGAUCUAAUACCCAGCAGUACCUACAUUGAGGACCUGGCUCGCAGCGUGGAGCAGAGCAGACGCCUCAUCAUCGUUUUGACUCCAGAGUUUGUCGCCAAACGAGGGUGGAGUAUCUUCCAGAUAGAGACACGCCUCCACUCUAUGCUGGUUACCGGGGAGAUCAAGGUGAUCAUGAUAGAGUGUGCCGACCUGAAGAAUGUCAUCAACUACCAGGAGGUUGAAGCACUUAAGCAUACCAUCAAGGUUUUAUCCAUCAUCAAGUGGAGGGGUCCUAAAAGCAAUGAGCUCUCCUCUAAGUUUUGGAAACAGGUGGUCUACGAAAUGCCUGCUAAACGCAGAGAGACUUUGUCCAGACGCCAGGUGAUGGACGCUGGUGAACAGGGCCUCUUCGGUGACCUACAGACCACCGUCUCCACGAUUGCCAUGACAACCACCUCUGCCUCCCUGGUGCCCCCUAACGAAAGUCGCCACGGACAUCAUCAGGUUGCCUUGGCGACAGAGAUCCCGGACUACAACCAGAUGACCUUGCCACUUGGAGGGGGUCACACAGCUACGUCAGCCCAAAUGAGGCAUUUCUGUCGCAGUUAUGAGUUCCAGCUUCCCCCACCGCCAUCCUCCAUGUCCCCUCCUCUCCCACCUCCCUCCACCGUGCAGUUCUCCACUCUGGGACCCGGGGGGCGCCACGUCUAUUGCAACAUCCCUAUGACACUACUGAAUGGACAGGUAUCUCAGAGCAGUACGCUUGGGAAAAAGCCAGAGCUCCACCUGAACAGCACCUUUGUACCUCUCACCAGCAGAGAACUAAGCUCUGACAUCUGGUAGACGUGCUCACCUGGCUUGCUGUCAGGAGAGACUGGGUGUGGACUGCUUGCGAACUCGGUUUGGGCCAUUGCAUCCCACACUGUGAACGAAGGACUUCUUAAAGACUGCAAAAAGGCUCAGAUUCACAGUGGAUGGGUGCGAUGGCUGGAGGUUUUCUCACAAACAGAUGGAUUCAGAUUGUAAAACCUAUACAAACAUUGCAAACUGGAUUUGGACCUACCAACUGAUACACAGACGCAAACUGGUUUGUAAGAUGUGUUUCCACGACCAUUUGAUAAAAAAGGAAUGAAUAAUAUUAUAGUACAUGCCUGGUCCAAUGGAUUUUACAGCAGUUUAUAGACAGAGAUGAACAUGUAUUUAUAAUGAACUGGAAGAGUCAAUGAAAAGUUCCAGGAUACUAAAACGAUGAAGAUGAAUCCACAGUUGAUAGAACUGUGUCUGUCAAACAAGCUGCCGCAUUGGACCUCGGACCCCAAAUAUCUCGCGAUCGCAGUCUGCUUGCACACCAGCUGUGCUAAACUCCAGUUGACUGAGGAGCAAAACGUAGCGUGAAUGCCAGUCAACCUUCUACCGACCGAGGUCUCCGAAUAUCGAUCUACCCUUUGAUAAGGUGGCUUGUCAGGAAACAAGGCCGAUUUCAAGCAAUGAUUUUGGAAUACCAGUCCACCUUAAAACAACAAGUCAACCUCUUGAAAACAACUCCUUACUGGUUGGCGAGCUAGCUACCAACUUGGUUUCGCUCUGAGAACCUCAAAUGGUUGACAGGAGGACAUUCCAGCAAAGUGAUGCAUAAAGCAAUGGCUAAAGCUUGUUUCUCAGAGUUAGCUGGAUUUAGCUGGGGUUCACUGAGAAAGCAGUGAGCUGAAUUGGAAGCUAGCUGGUUGAAUAACAAAGCUGAUGGAGGCUGCAUCCUCUUGAACUAGGAGGAAGAAAACCGCCAGCUCAUCAACUUGUAACCACCUUGUAACAACUAGUCCUUUUUGUCAAGAGGCAUCCAAGAGAUGAACUACCAACUUGACCACUGAGCUAAAAACAUUAUGGACUUGGCUUUUUCUAUUUGCAUGACCACCCGUUUAGAUAAAAAAUAAUCAAAUAAACAUAGAUACAAGAGUUGAUGACACACUCGUCAUUGGAGAAGAAUAAGCGUCUUAUGUUGAUACGGUAUAUGUUUUCUGUCCGGCCAUGAAGUAAUGAUAAUAGCUGAUAAAUGGAAAAAAGGAGGUGUCCCUCUAAAAACACUUUUAAUAUUUAUUUUGUUUUGUCUCAUUUAAAAGGUUUGUCCUUUGAGAAGGUUGGUGGGGACUUUUACCAGACUCUGUUUUUAAUAUUUGUUUGUUAUAAUAAUCUCUGUACAGCUUCCAUAACUUAAGCAUAGACUCAUACAUGACAGUGAUUUGUUCCCUACAUUUUGUUAACACCCACGUUAAGUGUGUGCGUGUGACCCAGAGCCUCUUUUGCUUAAAUUCUUUCCAUCUUUUUGUGAAUGGAUGGAUGGAUGGGUGGAUGGAUGCAUUGAUGGAUGAAAGGAUGGAUGGAAAAUCAAGAUGACAACUGGUCACCCAAAGGGUCCGCGUAAAAAGCCAGACUCAGAGCUGAAGCAAAACACAUUCUUCUUUGUGAGCUUUAAGAAAAUACAAGUUUAUUACCAUAAUAUUUAAGCAAACUGAAUGAUGUUUGGAAUUUACAAAAAGGUACUGUCACUGUCUUAUUAGAACCAAUGAAUUCUGAAUAUU